AGAAAUUACAGACUGUUUUCCUCCAUAAAUUAAACUUCCAAUUUACAAGCUGUAUUGUUCAUCUUAUACACGGAAAAGCCUGCCUUUUAUGUCCAACGCUUUUUUCUCUUCAACCAUGUGGAAUAUCAUUCAGAAACAUGGAGAACUAGAGGUUGAUCUUAGCGACCUCUUCGUCACCCUUUCCCUCACCGCCAUUUUCGGGGUCUUAUGGUACUAUUUGCGGCGGGGGACGGCCAUGACCUCGAGGCUCCCUCCACCGCCGCCUCUUCCACCGGGCCCCCGUGGGUUGCCGAUACUCGGAUACCUUCCCUUCUUGGAAAGAGACCUUCACCGGCAAUUCGCCAAUUUGGCAAGCCUCUACGGCCCCAUUUUCAAGUUCUCCCUCGGAAGCCAAACAUGUAUAGUGCUCACCUCACCAUCUCUAUAUAGAGAAAUGGUCCGAGACAAAGACAAGGUGUUCGCCAACCACGUCCUCAACAUCUCGGUAACGAUCUCGACUUUUGGAGGAAACGACAUCGCUUUUACACCCUACGGAUCGGCUUGGAAAAAGCUCCGGAAAGUAUUUGCCCAAGAAGUCAUGAACAACGCAGUGUUGGACAGUUUGUGCAGCCUCAGAAGAGAAGAAGUUAAGAAGUCUAUUCUCUAUGUCUACCAGAGGAUUGGUCAACCGAUAGACAUAAAUCACCUGGCGUAUAUGACUUCCAUUAACUCCAUGUUGAGAAUGAUAUGGGGCGGUUCGCUGCCAGGAGAGGAGGCGGAGGCGGUGAACGACCCCCAGUUUCGAAAGGCAGUGGCUGACAUCUUGUUUCUUGUCGGGAAACCGAACGUGUCGGACGUUUUCCCGGCGCUGUCGUGGCUUGACGUGCAAGGAAUAGAGAAGGAGACGAGGAGACUGACGAUGGUUUUCGAUAGGAUGUUCGAUUCCGCCAUUGAGCAACGGAAGAAUGAGAUGAGAAAUAAUGACAAGGGACGCUCUGGAGUACAAGAAAAUAAUAAGGAGAUGAGGAAGGACUUUCUUCAGUUCCUGUUGGAUAGUCAAGAGGGCAAUGAAGAUAGUGAAACAUCAAUUACCAUGGCCCAACUCAAAGCCAUACUCAUGGAUCCUGUGGUGGGUGGAACGGAAAGCUCAUCGACGACAGUCGAAUGGGUGAUGGCGGAGCUUCUCAAAAAUCCAGAGGCGAUGAAUAAACUCAAGGAAGAAUUAACACAGGUCGUGGGGCUAAACAAGAUGGUAGAAGAGUCUCAUUUGUCCCAACUGCAUUAUUUAAACGCCGUAAUCAAAGAAACCUUGCGUUUACAUCCACCGUUUCCUCUUUUAGUACCACGUACUCCAAACCAAAACACAACUCUAGGUGGCUAUAAAGUUCCCAAAGGUGCUUCUAUUUAUAUAAAUGCUUGGGCUAUACAAAGAGACCCUACUCUUUGGGAAAAUCCUUUGGAAUUCAGGCCCGAAAGGUUCCUGAUGAUGAAUGGAACAAGCCAAGAUCAUGAUGUUAAUGCUGGGAAAUUGGCUUAUACUGGCAACAAUUUCAAUUUCAUUGCGUUCGGAUCCGGGAGAAGAAUUUGCGCCGGGCUUCCUCUGGCAGAAAGAGUGUUGACCUUUGUAUUAGCUUCGUUCUUGCACUCGUUCGAUUGGAAAUUGCCGGAGUUUGGUGCGAAGCUGGACUUAUCAGACACAUUUGGGAUUGUGACGAAGAAGUUGGACCCUUUGAUUGCCGUUGCAAAACCCCGGUUAUCCGAUUUGAAGCUCUACGAAUAAGGUUAUGAAAUAAUGUGGUCCAUUUACGUACUUAUGUUUGUCCAUGCACGUGUUUCUUUUGAUAAUGUUCUCAGAGUCAUUUUACAACAUUACUGUGAUAGUAAUCAUGAUUUAUGA